ACGCUACCGGAUAAAAAGAUGCCGUCCUAUACACAUCUGGUAGAGUUCCUCAAAACACGGACGAACGGCGACAGAACAAGCCCGACGACCACGACAAAAAAAACGUCCGAAAAACACAAUCGACAACGACAACACGCGCCGCGAAGCAUCACCUUCGCCACUACACAUAGGCCGACGGCGUGUCCAAGUUGCAAGGGACAACAUAAAAUAUGGCAUUGCGAUGUCUUCAAGGCGAAGUCGGUCAAAAAUCGCCUUGAAAUCGUCAAAAGGGCUUCCCUAUGCACCAAUUGUCUAGGCCAAGGGCACACUAUCGCCCAGUGCUCUGCCGGUCCAUGUCGCAUAUGCAGACAGCGACAUCAUACAUACUUGCAUCAACACCAACGUCACGGCAAGUCACGGUCUUCGAGCGGUCGAUCGUCGAGCGACCGAUCAUCGGGUGGACGCUCUUCACUUAGCUCACCGACUCCUCGUUCGUCACAUCGUUCGAGACGCGCGUCUACGUCUUCCAAGUCGUCUCACCGGUCGUCUUCCCGGUCGUCUUCCAAGUCGUCUCCACGGUCGUCACCCCGAACGUCACCAAAACACGAACCUCGGCCAACACGUACACAUACAACCGGAUCAAAGUCAUCGUCUAGUCCUCAAAGACAAGAAAGGAAGUGACUAUCUCAGACGACUU